CCAGAAUGCAACAUCACUUCGCACUUGUGAAAAUACCCUUAUUUAGUGUUGAUGUAAUUAACUUCAAUGUAGUUGAUGAGUCUAAACGAAAGUGGUAAUGAAAAAUGUUUAAUUUCUAAAUAGUUUAAUGUAACACAAAAUCGCAAAAUUUCCAAUUUAAAUUAACAAAAAAAUAUGGCCAAAAUCAAAACCUACACUAUUAAUACAGAUAAUCGACCUUGAAGUGGAAGAGUAUGCUUAAAAACUGCUUAAUAGUUUACAAUUGAUUUCGUUUUCGGAAAUGUAAGCGAUUUGCGGAUUAAUUUAAUAGGUAUCCCAAAUUUCAUUUUGAAAUAGAUCCUCAAGAUGAUGAACUCCGCUAGAUAUACCUUCACAGGUACAAUAAAAAAUCUUUCAUCUUCUAAUACUCAAUUGGCGUCAAUAUCAAAUGUGUUUAGAUCACACAAAUGCAAAGGUAAUAUAAGUCUAAUCGGUCUACCUACGAUUCCUAACAAUGGGCGGUGCCACUCUUUCAUGAAAUUAUUUUACAAGAUACGACUGGCGCAUGGACCAGAUCCUGUUGAAUCUCCAAGACUCACACCGAAAAUGGUAACAUCUAUUCUCCGAAUGAAUGAGAAAACUGCAAAACAAACUGACACAGGGGGAGUUGUAAAAGAAGUACAUUGCAAUCAAUUACCGGUAAGUCUAAGGGCUAAAGACUAAAGGUCUAUAUAUGUCUUAUAAUAAGUAAUGAUUGCUACAGUCUUUGUCUCUAUAUACUGUAUAUAGGCAUACUAUAAGUAAUUGAUAUUAGUCUCUUAUUUAAAAUAAGGUUAAUAGUACUAAAAGGCUUUUAGUAGGAAUAGUCCAUUAAUCAAUUUGCAAGUCAACACUUAACACAAGUUUUUUUUUAAAACAGUUGUUCUCUUCAUAAAUUUUUAUUGCAGAAUGUUUUAAUAACUCAUGUUUUGAAAUUGCAGGCAAAUAAACCGAUUGAGGAUCGUCACUUAGAAGCAAAACUAAAAGCGACAGAAAAAUAUCUUUUUGGUGUAUUUGAUGGACAUGCUGGCUGUGCUUGUGCCCAAGCCUUGAAAGAUAGGCUCUUCAAGUACAUUGCAGUUUCACUGUCAGAUCCACAAAAGCUAAAUCAACUUACUAAAGAAGGUCCCAGUGCUGUUGACCAGUUGGUUGAAUAUCUGAGUACCACACAUACUGACAGUGUAAGUCCAGACCUUGACUCUAUACACUGGCAAAGUCUACUUCAGUAUGUGAUAGAUUCCCAGGACAUGUAUGGCUUAGACAGCAACGUAAGAAAAUUGAAUUUUUUUUUAAAAUGUUUUAAAGCCUCUGUUUUUCAUGUCUUUGUGUCUUGUUUUUUUUUUUCUAUUUCGUUAUUCUGAUUUUAAUAAACCAUUAUUUUAAGAAAUCUUUUUUUUUUUUUUUUUUUUUUCUUUUUUUUAUUUUUUUUCCUUUUACAUUUUUUUUUUUUUUUUAUUUUUUUUUUUUUUUUUUAAUAAAACAUUUUUUUAAGAAAUCUUUUUUUUUUUUUUUUUUUUACCGUUAGUUAAAGUUUCUGCCUUUAACAUAUUUGUUUUAUUGUAUUUAAAUUUAAAAAACACAAUUCACUAUGUAAAAAUUAAUAGAGAACUUAGAAUUAUAGUUAUUUAUCAAAAUACUUAAGCAAAAGUCAUAGAAUUUUAUUGUUAAGCGUAAUAAUCCCUGAAAUUUCUUUAAAUGUAUAGGUGGAAGAAGCAUUAAAAAACGCAUUUCUGCGUUUGGAUCAAGACAUAUCUACAGAAGCUACAAUUCACACAACCGACGAAGGACUCGGCGCUGAUCUGGUCAAUAUUGCUUUUUCUGGCUCUGUAGGAUGUGUGGCCUACAUUGAUGGUUUGGAUUUAUAUGUGGCCAAUGUUGGAGAUUGUCAAGCUGUAAUAGGAAGCCAUUCCACAGACUCUGAAACUUGGCAUGCAACACCUAUGAGCAAUAAACAUGAUGCUCACAAUGAGAACGAGGUGAAACGACUUUUCUCAAAGCAUCAAAAUGAAAGUAACAACAUUCUCAAAGAUUCUAGACUAUUUGGUCAGCUUAUGCCUCUCAGGGCUUUUGGUGAUAUACGUUACAAAUGGGCUAAAAGUGAUCUGAUCAAUUUAUCUCGUCUGAUGGGGAAACAUCCUGGUCCUUUCCUCAGUGGUUACAAAGAUUUGAAAGUUCCUCACAAUUAUCAGACACCUCCUUACUUAGAUGCUGAACCAGAAGUUUUGCAUUACCGGUUGUCUCCCAAGGACAGGUUUCUCGUUAUAGCUUCAGAUGGACUAUGGGAUUCAGAGGGUAUGUCCCUUGAUAAGGUCGUAUCAUUAGUUGGUCAUCAUACAGAUGGUCACCAAGUACUUGCCCAUUACCGUCCUCCUGAGAAUGCUCACCUAGGGGUCAUCAAUGAAACACUACGCAAAAGAAAAAGCAACCUAGCCAAGCGAGCAGUGGAUGAAAAUGUGACCACACAUUUGCUACGCCAUGCGUUAGGAUUAGAACAUGGCCAGUUGUCUGCACAGUUGACACUACCAGAGAAGUUAGUGAGACUUUAUCGGGAUGACAUGACUAUCCUGGUGGUCUAUUUUGAUACAGACUAUAUAAUGGCUUACACACGAAAGCACUGAUGGAGAAAGCUAUUGUUUGGGCUUGGGAGUAUAGUGAACAAAAUAUAGCAUUGGGAUUGAUUUACUGCUGUAUUGUUGAAGUAUUUUUAAAACUUUUUUCUUUCUGAGUUUUUGUCUGUUCUGUCUUAAAUCCCAGUUAGUUUUUAAAAAAUGAAAACUGAGAGAAAAAUUAAUUAAUUUCUGAACUAAUACCUUGAAUUUUAUACCGGUUUAAUAUUAUAAUUAAUGGAAAUAAAAAUAAAAGUUAAAUAAAAAUAUGAACUAUACCAAACAUAACAUGAAGUACCAGUAACUACUAUUUUGUUGAGUCAAAGAAAUGAAGCGGUUACAAAAAUUUCAUUAUUUAUAGUAUUGAUACAAACAGUUUAUUGAAUUAAUGAUCCUAAAACGCUGUUAUAACUCAUUUUAUUACACCACACGGUUUUGUUUAAACUUGUAAUUAUAAGUGAAUACAAAAGUAAUAAGAGUCCUAUUGCAAACAAAUAUCGACCUAAAAUAUUCAAAACCCAUUGGUUUUUACUUGUCAGUUUUGAUUUUGAAAAUGCAAGAUGGGUAAAGAGUUAAUUCUUAAACAUUAAAAUUUGAGACCUUAAAUUUAAAAUACAUCACAUGACUUUUCUUUCAUAAGUAGAUAGCUUCUAAAUAAAAAUAACAGGUUUCAAACAAUUUUAUCAAGUACAAACUUUUCAUUUUAUGUUUUUUAUAUUGUAAUUUUUAAGGUGCAAUAGUGUGUGAAUUUGAGCAAAAUCUUUUUGAAAAGAAAAGUUUUAAUUAAAUCAUAUUAUAAAUUCUAGUACUGGUAAAUAAUUAUUUUAUUGUUUCAAAAUUUUUUUAAUGAAACGAUCAUGUUACCACACCUACUACAAUAACUUAUUGCUUAAUUUACUAAAUAAAUGCGAUUUUCUUUCUUGAAAAAUGUCUUUAAAAUAGUGUGACAAAUAAGGAAUUGUAAGUUGUGUGGAUCUUACAUGUGUUUUAGUGUGAAUCCUAUUUCAGAUGAUUUCCUUGUAAAGUAAUUUUUCACUUACAAAAAUUGUAAGGAAUUGUUACAAUAUUAUUUCCCAGGUAUAUUAACCGUGUAUAGGAAACUACCCCAUGAUAUAAAAAUAAUAGCUUUGAUCUGCUCUACAAGAGGCAAGUAUUCUAGUAUUAUUUUAUGAUUCAGAGAUCAAAUGUAAUUAAAUGUCAGAUUGUUAGAAGUGAUUUUAAGAGGCCUGGCCACAUACAUUUGUGACACAUGACAUGUUUUGAAAAAUUCCAAAUUAUGGUUGAAAUGUGAAUGCUUUAAAAAAUAUCAGGUUGAACUAGAACAAUUUUUAUAAAAACAGGUAACUACUUCAAUAUCCUUUUUUAAUUUGAAAUUUUGUAUGUCUUUUAUAGCCAAGCACUUGUAGACGUGUGUCUAUGGCCCACUUCAAAAUGUUGUUAUAAAUAUAAAUAAAUUUAACCAUUGCCUGAAAAUGCUCAUGCAUUGGUCUUUCUGAUUGUAAUAAUCUUCUACUUGGUAAGCUCAGUGUUUAUAUUUAAGUUAAUGAAAACCUCUUCAGAUUGCUUGGUUGCACCAUUGGGCUACAAUGUUGUUCAGAUUUUACAGCUCUGCAAGUGUGGUAAUUGACAAAAGAAGUUAUAAAUACCGAUAACUAAAACUUAUUACAGUAUUAUGUAUAAUGUGGCUUUUUUUAUUAAUCAAUUGUCCAAGAUUUAAAUUAAGUGUAAAAUCUCUUAAAGACAUUUUAUUUCCUUUCACAAUUUACUUUGUCUUAUAAACAUACCUACAGUCCACAAUAAGGCAAUGUUUCCAAAUUAUAAGAUUUAAUUAAUAAUGAUUUUUGUCUAUCUGAUCUAAUCUGCUAAUUUGUUUUUAAAAAUUAUAAGCCCCCACAAUGCAGAAUGAAAGAGCAACUAGUAUACAUGUUUUCAAUUGCAAUUGCUCUGAUCAACACACCAUCCAUAAUAAUAGAGGAGAUAAUUCAUGAUGUACUUCUAUUAUAGUCAAGACUUAUGCGUCUUCAGGCCUGGUUAUAAUUCAAAAAAAUAUUUUUUUAACUUUUUGAAU